AUGGAAUUUGAAGAAGCGCAUGAAAAUCUAUGUGCUAUAAGACUCUUAUACAGACUUCUUGAGGAUAACAGUACCGCUUUGAAAGAUUCGAAUUCCGAGAAUGUGGUUGAGAGAGCUCGAGUAUUAUUGAAAAGUUUACUUGAUGUUGCUGUUGAAGUUGUUUUUGAGACUCAUUUGAAGACCACAGCAACACAAGCAGGGAAGUCUAAGACAUCCAUUGAACAAGAAAAACUUGUGACCAUGCCGCAGUCAAAGUCUGCAGUGGCAGAUAACAAUUCUCAAACCUCGGAAAACAAUCAAACUCGAAGUAAAAUGGCUUUACAGAAGGAUGAGCAACCUCAACUUGAAUUACUAUGUAACAAAGAACAGUCAAAGCUGUCAAAUUUUAGCAUCUCUGAUACUGGAGGAACGAAUAGUAGAACACUUAGCAGUUUAAGCGAGGAGAAUGGUAUGAUGCAGCAUAAUUUAGUGAAGGAACAAAAUCAAUCUAAUGAAGAUGCUUUACCAAACAUAGAGAGUAAUCAUCAUGAACAACAACAUAAUAAUGUGAAUGCUUUAUAUGGUCUUGGUAAGCAUGCAGAAGAAUCAUUGCAAAUGUUAGACACAAAAGUUGGUGAGUCCAAUAACGACAGUAAUAUGCCAUUGCAGAGUGCUUCCAGAUUUUCUGAAUGUCUAGAACAGAAGGGUGAUUUCUCGGAUGAUUUGGUUAAUGCAAUAAAAAGAAUUGAAUCUCGCAUUUUGGCUUUUAAACUUUGCUCGAAUUUGGGUGAAUCCAGUAAGAGCAACAGUGCAGUUCGCGAUCCUUUGCACAAAGUAGCUAAUUUGGAAAGUCCCAAAAUACAAAGAAAAGACAGUGCUGCAAGAAGUCACUUUAAUUGUAAAAAGUCUCUCUUUGAAGGACAUAGGCUAAUGGAUCAGCACACUCGUGAUUCAAGUUCUAAAGGUGUAAACUUGAUUUCAGAAAGCGCAGCUGAGGAACCCUUUUUAGAUCGAAAUGCAUCAUCGAGACAGAGUCAGGUGGCAUAUCAGAACUGUAGGCUUCGUACAAAUAAUGCAGAGUCUGCAAAGAGUGUUAACAUACCAAAGCAUAUUAGUACACAGUUAGUAUCGGGUGAAGAAGAAUUGAGAAGUGGAACUAGGAUUCAACCUUCAGUUCAAAACAUGGACAUGAUAGAAAGAGUCAAGUCAUUGAAUAAGUUAGUUAGUGGUGAUGCCCACUUUGGGAAUCAAGCUAGUGAGUGUAUUCAAGGUUUGAGGGUUCCUUUGAAUCAAGCUGAUCUUACUAAGAAGUCUUCCAUGUUUUCUAGUCAAACCAAUAGGGAAAGUUUGGUCAGAAAAUCUCCAAUAGCAGGUUGGUCUAAGCCUGAUCUGAAUCAUAAGGAAAAAAAUUCUGAAUCUUCCCAUGCACAGAAUUUACAAAGAUUUACACCUACUGUUGGCCGAAGAGAAAAGCCACAACCUCAUAAGAUGGUGAUAAAGCCAACUCUAUUGGACCAGAGAUCCAAUGAGAUUAAGGUGAAUUACCAUCAACAUAGAGAUGAAUCAGUUUUAUACAGGAGAGGAACUCAUAAGACAGGUCAUGUUGAGCCUUGUAAAACUAGGGUUGAAACCCAACUUCGUGAACCGGAGGAAUCAAUCUCUGACUCUUCUUCUCAAUGGACUUCUCAGCAAGACAGUGCCAGUACUGGCAGUGAAUCUGAGGACUUCUUGUCAGUUGGUACGCAAGGUUCCAAAUCAGGAAGGAUGGUUGAUGCAUUACAUGAAGAAAGCUCAAAAGAGAGUAGUGAUUCAAAUUUCAAUAUAAGCAAUGCCUCCUCAUGUAGAGUUAAAUCUCAUGGAUAUCACAGUGAAAGAUAUCCAAAGAAAACAAUUGGAGGCCUAAAGAGACUGAAAAAUAAGUUGGGACUAAUCUUUCACCACUACCAUCAUCAUCACCAUCACCAUCAUGAUGGUAACAAUGGUAGCCUUUAUUCUUAUGAAGGUCCUAGAAAUUCAGUGUGGAAUCACUUGCAGAAUGUUUUCCAUCACAAAAACAAGCAUGGAAUGAUAACAAAUGCAAAAGUUGAGAAGACAAGGAGAGGGGCUAUUACAAAAGUUGUGCCACACAGAAACCAGAUUGGCCAUUUCCAUAGACUUGUGGAAGGACUAUUGAGACAAAUGCAGCAUUCAAAGAAGCCAAAGCCUUCCAAGCAUGGUUUGGUUAAAGGGUCUCAUAAUAAUGCACACGGACACGGGGCAAAGAAGCUUCAUUGGUGGCAAACCCUUCGACGAAGCCGAGGAGUGAAGUUGAAAAACAAAGGCCGAGUCAAAAAACUGGGCUUGAUAAGCCAAAAAUCACUUAAUAACUAA